UUCGCCCGGUGGAGAAAAUAUCGCUGAGUAAUAAAGUGCGCUGUUAGCUUCCGGCGUGACGUCACUGUUUACAAACACAGGCACCGGAAGUGAGACAGGCAAAAAACAAGAUUACGGAAAGAGCGGCGAGAAAGAGGCUGACGUGCGCUGUGUCAGCCGCACGGAUAGACGGCGAAACCUGUGGAUUUCAGCCAGGCGCUUCGCUGGACUGUUGCGUUUUGCAGGGUGCCUUUCAGGGCCGAAGAAGGACGCUUUUGAAGAUCUGCAGGAAGGGCGCUGUGGUAAGUUUCCGCUGCUGUUAAUGCAAGAGUUUGUGAAAUUCGCAACAUGAGAAGCUUUCUUCGCCUCCAGAGCGUCGCCCUUCAGUGAUCAGAAAGCCUCCCUGUGACUCAGCUGUUCCCAGAAUCGGGGCAAUUCAAACACCACACGGUUAGGCGGAGGCGCGCCGGAAAAAACUGCCACUUUAACAGUUUCGCCCCUUCGCAUUCAAGCGAUGGAUGUGGCGUGAAAGCAAGAAAGGACUACGUUUUCAACUUGAGAAUGUUUGGCUUUUUUGGUGUAAGCCGCUGCUUUUAAAAGACUGGAAACGUCGGUCUGCGCCGUAUUGCUAAAACUCAGUAAUAUGAAGUGAGCAAAAACUAUUUUGGGGGAAAAGCGAACAGCCACGGCCAGAUUUUUAAUUUAAUUUAAUUUUAGCAGCAACUGAAGAUUUUAAAAACCGCAUUCCCGUUCAAUCGUCUCCGUUAAUUCCAAGCACACGAUCCUGCCCGUCAGGUCAUGGCAGAGUCUUGCCCAGACGCCGUCGACGGUGAGAUUAUAGGCGCUUCUGAGGGACGGCCGUUGAAAAAUGAGGACUUCGAUGCCGCUAGACCUCAGGACAAGCAAAUCGGCCGGAAAGAGGGUGUCGCCAACAUUGAGCAAUCCUCUGGGAGUAUUUCUCACCUUGUGAAAGAUGAGCUAACGGCAUGCAAAGAACCUCCUACAAGCGCAGCGUCUCUUGAUGAUGCUCGUGCGGCCCGGUCGGUGACCUCUAAAAGCCAAGACAAAACCGAUGAAGCUGAGAUCCUCAGCCAGUCCUGCACACCCAGCCAAUCGGAGGUGACGCCCACUUUCUCUGUGGCCAGCCUGGAGUUCUCCGAGGAGGCUAACGGGAUCCCUCCUGAUGGACCGUUGGUUUCGUCCAAAUCCGCUCAGGAUGGCAACCAAGUGCCCCCUCAGGAGAGCGGAGGGGCCUGCGCGGGGGCUGCGAGGACAUCAGAGCCUAGCAUGCCGGCGUAUUACUUUGUCAAGUGGAUUACCUGGAAAGAGAAGAAGACGGCUGUUAUCACGCAGAGCGAGAACGGACCCUGCCCUCUGAUCGCCAUCAUGAACAUCCUGUUGCUGCGGUGGAAGGUGAAGUUGCCGGCGCAGACAGAAGUGGUCACCACUGAAGAGCUGAUGUCUCACCUUGGUGAAUGUGUGCUGAACAUCAAACCGCCGGAGAAAGCAGAAGGCAUGGAGCUCAAUUUCCAGCAGAAUAUGAGUGAUGCUAUGGCAGUGCUGCAUAAACUGCAGACAGGUCUGGAUGUGAACGUUAAGUUCACGGGUGUUCGGGUGUUCGAAUACACACCCGAGUGCAUCGUCUUUGACCUGCUGGACAUCCCGCUCUACCACGGGUGGCUGGUUGACCCACAGAUGGCUGAUAUAGUUAAGGCGGUGGGGAACUGUAGUUAUAACCAGUUGGUAGAGAAGAUAAUCAGCUGUAAGCAGUCAGACAACAGCGAGCUGGCCGGGGAAGGUUUUGUGGCAGAGCAGUUUCUGAACAGCACGGCGACUCAGCUGACAUACCACGGCCUGUGUGAACUCACUUCUACCGUACAAGAGGGAGAACUGUGUGUCUUCUUUAGAAACAAUCACUUCAGCACCAUGACCAAAUUUAAGGCCCAGCUGUACCUGCUGGUAACGGAUCAGGGCUUUCUCACUGAGGAGAAGGUGGUUUGGGAAAGUUUGCAUAAUGUCGACGGAGAUGGAAACUUCUGUGACUCUGAGUUCCAUCUGAGGCCGCCCUCUGACCCGGAAACUGUCUACCGUGGUCAGCAAGACCAGAUCGAUCAGGACUACCUGAUGGCACUGUCCCUACAGCAGGAACAGCAGGCUUCAGACCUGGGUUGGGAACAGAUCCCAGAAGGCAUCAGUGAUCUAGAGCUUGCCAAGAAGCUGCAGGAGGAGGAGGACCGCAGAGCGUCACAGUACUAUCAGGAGCAGGAGCAGGCACAGGCAGCGGCAGCAGCGGCUGCACAGGCACAGGGACAACAACCAGCAGCGGGUGCUGACCAGGUGGAUAGAGCGGCAGCUUCUGGAGCCUCAGCGGGGGGAGCCACGGCUUCUCCAAGCCCAGGCAAACAGCCCUCAACGGGGGAACGCAAACCCAAGAAAGAAGCCAAGGACAAAGACAAAUGCAUCUUGUUGUAACAGCAGUGGAAUCUGUGUGGAGUACGAAACGGGCAGCAGUUUAAUUCCAGUGGCUCUGCAAUGCAUCUCCCAGCGUGAGGUGGAGAAAGAAUAGGCGACAGAGAUGAAGUGUGACAGACGGAGAGGACUUGCCAUUCUCAAGCCACUUGUGCCUGACUUUAACCCUCAGAGUUCUGAAGAUGCAGACAAGAAGAGAGGGGUGUCACUACAAGGACUAUCACUACAUCUUUCGUAGAGCUGGCCAAAUGUUCUCAGCAGGAAAUCCACUGCAGUGCACUAUAUUUGUGUGGGGUCACCAGGGAGGGUGUUUUUUUGUAGUAAAACAAGGUAAUGUACACAUAGCACUAGGCAAAAAAGUACCCCCUCCCUCCAAAAACAACAACAACAAAAAAAAAAACAAAUGAGAAAAAAAAUGGCACCACUCUUUUUCAUUAUACAAAGCGUUUUCUUUUUUGUGUUGAUUUCCGUUAUUGCUGUUGUUUAUAAGCUCUUUUAUACCAGUUUACCCGUAUAUAUGCAUAUGUAGAUUUGUUGUAUCGGUCAGUUUAUGUUGUUUGACUGAAGGUUAUCUGAGAUCUUUUCAUGAAAGGCCGUUCACAUGAGCAGGUAGCAAGCCAACAGGUCGCUUGGCAAAGGUUAUGUCUCAGGACAUGAUGUAGACCACCUUAGUUCUUUGCCUGGCAGUUUGAUGCCAAAUCUUUCAUUGAUGAUCCUUUUUAGAGAGUGAGAUCUUGAUAAAACAAAUGCAUUGAAAAAGGGUUUCCUUAUUAGGCAGUUGAAAAUCCAGUUAUAUAGAUGUGUAUACAAAAACAUUAUUAUUUCCAGUAGGACAAUAACUGUUAAUAUCUGUGAGCGACUGACACUACCAUUUAAUGUAAAUAUUUUUUAAAUUUCGAAAUCAGUAGGUUAUAUAAAAAUACAUGGCCAAGUUUUUGCUUCGCCCCACCCCUUUUACAUUUCAGCCAAAUGUCUGGUUCAUAUUUGCCUUAUAAGAUGAAGCAUAUGAUUAGGAUCAUUGUCCAUGAAUUUGGCUUUGAUCAAUUAACUACAGUGUUAUUGCCCCAAAAACCAAAUGGUCGUUGUAAAGAAAUCGCUUGCUUUCCUCCCGAUAUCGGUUUUACGAAGGGGCGACGUCGAAACUGAAAUAUGGAGAGCAGGUUGGCUGAUUUCUGACCGAGAUAACAAGAGGAAGUUUAACACUUUUGUGUUAAUCGUCCAAGUGGACACCGGGGCGAUAGUCUGCAAAUGGCUGAACGCCGGCCGAAGCGAACCGAUAUAUCGGUCUAUCGCUAGGCCUAGCUAUAAACUUCGCACUCCUUCAUGUACAUUGUACAUAUUCAUUUACACUAUAUGGAUGUAAUGUAGGAAAGGAUUACUCAAGCCCAUUCUGUUCCAGUGCUGCCUCCUGAGAGACAAGGUCUUUUCUAUCCAAACAUUCCAGCUAUAUGCCUUGAACUGAGCAUUGUACUGAGCGUUACACUCAGAGAAGCGCCAACGUUGGGCUAUUUUACCUGUUGUUCUGCUCUCGCAAUGCAAGAAUGAACAACUCCUGCAUUGUAGAAAAGCCUCGUGAUGGUGUAGUCAGUCGAACAGACAGUUCGAUUGCUGUUGGUUAAAUAGGAGCACAGUAGCUGCUGUUUAUGCUAGUCGUGGGCUGGAGCUGUUCAUUUGACGUUUGGUCCCCCAGUGGCCAAUACUCUCUGUAUAUAAAAAGCCUUACAAUAUUUACAGUAUCUUUUAUACCUACAAAAGUAGGUGAGAGACGAGACUGAGACAAUCUGUAGACCUUACCAUAGACAGAAAACCGCACAGGCCUUCACAGAAGGAACAUAUCCAUGAGUGUCUUGCAAACAGUUUGACGUGUGCUAUCCCACUUGGUAAUGGAUAUAAACUAUGUCAAAUGUGAAAGACAGGGUUUCAUUUGAAAUAGCACCCUUUGUUAAGGCACGUUCACACCAGAACUGUUGAAAAAUUGCGACACUACCACAAAGUUUCAUUGAAUGGGGGAAUAGAGAGGUUACAUGUUCCAAAUACAAUAUUUUAAGCGCUUAAAUCAGUUCAGUUCAUUGUGGCCCAAGCUCAUUUACUCGUAAUUCGAUGAAAUGACUGGAUUUCUUUGACGUUUUAGAUAAUGUUCAUCCUUAGAAUAGAUCCAGUUAAGUUCUAAUGUUAUCUGUGGAAGCAAUCUUCUUUGCCUCCAAAAUUUAACACAGGAAAAAAACUGAUUAAGCCUACUAUAAAUAUGGUCAAUGUAACAACAUUACACGUUAAUAUUUACUUCAAACUUACAGUUUCUUCAAAACUUCAAAUAUACAGUUGCUGCUACUGUCUGUCCAACCUAAACCAUCAGAGCAGGUUCUUAACAGCAGUUUAUUUGAAACCGUUGCAAGCUACAUGAACAAUGUGAUCUUUGAGAUAAAAGGAUGUCGCAAAUCUUUUUCAGCGGUUCUGGUACACUCCAAGAACGAUAACUAUAGAGACCUUAGGCAGGGUAGGCAGAGCUCAUGUCAUUACGAAGUAGCCUACAGUGGAUUGUACUGUUGUUCAACAGCACAAAAGUUCAGCUGACAAAAUGUCUUUACACGAAGGAAAAAGUUUAAAAUCUGUUCAGAAAGUUGUUAGUUGUGAAAAUUACACAAUGUAGUACCUUUGUACAGUGUGUCAUUGUAAAAAUUGUAAAUCUACCAUGCACAGCCUCGUUUUUAUCGUCGAUACAGAUUUUAACAAUACAGAUUGUGUCAAAGCUCUGAACAGCAUCAAAUAGGAGAAUUGGGUUAUAGUAAUGUGUAAUGACAAGAUUUAACGCUUAGUUUUUAUUCAAAUGCAGAGACGGUCUGCGUAAUCAUAUCGACGAUCGCUAGAAAUUAAGUGUCCCCAAGAGGCGAAAACAGGGAAGAAACCAAAACUCCAUCCGUGAGAGAAUGGAGGAAAAGAAAAAAAAACGGCUCAGUUGGGGGCCAGUACUCUGGCCAGAUGAACCAACAAUUAAUUUCCAGUUAAAUUUUAAAUGCAGCUAUAACAAUGUUUUUUAGAAUCACGCUGUGGUAAAGAAUAAAAUGCUUGCAAUUUUGUUUUUAAAUUUUAAGCAUUCUUAAGCUAAAAAACAUUCUGAAAUUCCAUUUUUUUCUCUGGAAUAAUCAGUUGUCAUAGAAUUUGGAAAGCUUUUUAAAACUUUAUAGUUAUCGUCCUUGAUAUGAACAGCCCUAUAAACUUUAUAAAUGCAACUAUAAUUUCAACUCCAAAUAGUGCUUCUAAGAGAUUAUUAUUUAAUGUAAUGAUUAUUUAAGUUGGUACCUGAGAUUAAUGGGUUGACAUACUAAUGUUCAGCCAGAAAGUGCACAACAGUCUGUUGCUGUGUAUUUGUCAUGUUUUCAUCAUCCCCUAGAAGGUACACUAUAACAUCUAGGGUUAUACAUUCACCAUGGUUUUACACUACUCAAACUAUACAUUUACAUUCAUUAAUAUCAGUGAGCUUCUUUCACCUCUGCAACCGGUGUCAUGGUAGAAAGCACAAGCUAUUCACUAUAGAGUUGGGAGAGAAAUGUCUUAAAGGGUCUGUACUGGGGUUGGCGCGGUGAAAUGGGAUGAUAAUGAGUAAAGCAUCCGUUUUCAUCAAGCUUGGGAAAACAAAAGGUUUCAUUCUGAGACUUAGGUUCUGAUUCAAACACUUCCUCAACUGUUACACUUGCAGGUCAGGUUAAAUAUGGACAUUCCAAGGUGCUUUUGAUCAGUGGCAUGUCUGGUAAAGGAGUUAUUAAGGACAAUGUGCAACAGACUUCUCCAGCACACAGAAUUAUACCCACUGUGCAUUAGUUUGUCAUUUGUAUUGAUUGCCAAUAACUAUUCUUCUGUAAUGUGCUUCAGCUUCAACCAUUUGCUUCGAAACUGAUCUUGUUAAUUGCAUAUGUAUAAAUUGUCACAAGAACAUA